AUGACCCUAGUUGACUUAUUCCGCCCGGACCUGUUCGCUCAACCACCAUCCCCCCCCCCCCCCCCCCCCCCCCCCCCCCCCCCCCCCCCCCCCCCCCCCCCCCCCCCCCCCCCCCCUCCCCCCACCCGCUCGCCACCUCUCUUAUCUCUUUCUGGUGAUGUUCAUCAAAUGGUUUAUUUUUAUAUAUUUUGUGGAUCUAGCGGAAUGCAUUAUAUUUUAUGGCAAAUAAAAAUACUAUCCAGCUGCCGUAUUUAA